AUGAUUCAGAACAACCCGAAACUGAUGUUCAAAAAGGCCCCUCCACAAGCGACAGUUCUGCCCAGAGUUUGCGACCUCCGUAUUGCUAACUGGGCAGAAAAGAAUGCUUUCCCCGGUUCGAACUGUCACCCCAUAGCGUGCGUAACCUCCCUCUUCCUCUCCGGCAACAUGUCAUCCUUCACCCACAACAACGCCCUGAUCUCCUCCUCCGCACUCUUCCCCGUCAAUGCAUCCGUCACAAUCUGCAUCACCCUCCCAUACAACAGAUUCAUCUCCAAGCAGCUCGUCACGGCCAACAGCUUGCACGACAACCUCGAGCUCGGCAGGUGGUAG